UAUCCGCGACAUUUUUGGAUUCGAGCGGUCUCUAAAUCCCGUCAGAGCCAUACGACUUCAUCCACACGGCUCGCUCUUCUUUCUCCUCACCCCUCAAAUUCAUCAAUUGAGGUCUCCUCUUCUCCCUAGUGACAUUUAAUUCACAUUCGCGAGCAGCGAGCGCUCCAUCCGUCACAAUGUUCACAGCAGUACUCAGGCGACGGGCGCUUCAGUCCGCAAACCUCCCUUUUCAAUUCGCAAGAUGUUACGCUGCGAAGUCAUACCCACCACACUCAAUCGUCUCUAUGCCGGCGCUGUCGCCGACGAUGACUUCCGGUAACAUUGGCCAGUGGCAGAAAAAGGCCGGUGAUGCAAUCGUACCUGGUGAUGUCUUGGUGGAGAUUGAGACCGAUAAGGCACAAAUGGACUUUGAGUUCCAGGAGGAGGGUGUUUUGGCCAAGAUUCUGAAAGACUCUGGCUCAAAGGACAUCGCAGUUGGCAACGUAAGCCCCCAAUUCCCAUACACUUAAUACUUGGAGCUGUCUGCUGAUCUGAUACAGCCAAUUGCGGUGAUGAUCGAAGAGGGAGAGGACGCAUCGGCGUUCGCGGAUUUCACAAUUGAGGAUGCUGGCGGACAGGCUGCUGCUGAGGCACCAAAGGAGGAGGCUUCCGAAUCGAAGGAGUCGACCCCAGCGGCACCCAAGCCAGCCCCAACACCCGCUGCUGAGGAGUCCGCAUCCAGCGGAGGCAAGCUCCAGCCCGCCCUGGACCGUGAGCCAAAUGCCAGCCCCGCCGCUCAGCGCUUGGCUGUGUCCAACGGCGUCAAGAUUAGCUCCGUCAAGGGCACCGGUUCCGGCGGACGCAUUACAGAGGAGGAUGUUAAGAAGGCGUCUUCGGGUGGUGCUGCCGCUAGCGCCGCUGCUGCGCCUGCUGCAGCCUCUUACACGGACAUCGAGACCACCUCCAUGCGCAAGGUCAUUGGAAGCCGCCUCCAGGAGUCGUGGACCCAGAGCCCACACUUCUUCGUUGCCUCGUCGGUUUCUGUUACUAAGCUCCUUAAGCUUCGUCAGUCCCUCAACUCUACUGCUGAUGGACAGUACAAGCUCUCCGUCAACGAUCUCUUGAUCAAGGCCUGCGCUGUGGCGUGCAAGAAGGUGCCCGCUGUUAACUCCAGCUGGAGGGAUGGUUACAUCCGCCAGUUCAACAACGUUGACAUUAGCGUCGCUGUCUCUACCCCACUCGGUCUUAUGACUCCUAUCGUGAAGAACGCUGAGGGUCUUGGCCUCGCCAGUAUCUCUGCCGCAGUUAAGGAUCUCGGCAAGCGCGCCAGAGACGGCAAGCUGAAGCCAGAGGAGUACCAGGGCGGAACCUUCACCAUCAGCAACAUGGGCAUGAACUCUGCCAUCGACCGCUUCACUGCCAUCAUCAACCCGCCCCAGGCAGGCAUUUUGGCUGUUGGCACAACCAAGAAGGUUGCCAUCCCAGUUGAGACCGAGGAGGGAUCGUCUAUUGAGUGGGACGACCAGAUCGUUGUUACCGGCAGCUUCGACCACAGGGCUGUGGAUGGUGCUGUUGGUGGCGAGUGGAUCCGUGAGUUCAAGAAGGUUGUGGAGAACCCUCUUGAGCUUCUGUUGUAGGGGAGAGAAGGCAGGGGGUAUAAUGAUGGGAGAUGGCGCUGACACUUUGUACAACAAACAAAUUUUUCUAUGUAUAUCCUGAGCAACAUCAAUUCAGGAGACUGCAUUAAAAGCUGGAACACGUCUUCCCCAUUCCAGUCUCAAAUUGAUAAUACGGGACUACAUUUAUGAACAAACUACUUAUGCAUAAUACCACCAAAUAGGAUAAGCAUGGCAUAGCAGGGCAGACAGCCUUUCGCAGUUUUCCAUCAUCAAAGGC